GUCCAAUGGCCUACACUCUUUUGCUCCCACUCUCCAGACCACCGCUGUCGGCGCCUCCUCUCCGGCGACUCUCCGUCCCCAAUUCCCUCCCGUUAUUCUCGGUCCCCAAAACCCUAGUCCUCAAUCCGAGAUCUAGGGUUCCGAGAAUGCUCUCUCCCCCCAGGGCCUUCUCGUUUCAAGAGCUAGCGGGGCUCCAGAACUCGCUCCUCGAUCUCCUCCGGGCCUCGCCCCCAACGUGGAAGUCCGCGAUCGCCAGCAAUCUCCUUAUUUUUCUCGUUGGUUCCCCGAUUCUCGUCUCGGGGCUCUCCACUUCAGGGAUUGGAGCGGCGUUUCUCCUGGGAGCCUUAACGUGGAGGGCCUUCGGGUGGCCUGGAUUCCUCCUUGUUGCGGCCUAUUUCGUUGUUGGAACAGUGGCAACAAAGUUGAAGAUAACACAGAAAGAAGCUUUAGGAGUGGCUGAGAAAAGGAGAGGAAGAAGAGGGCCAGGCAGCGUUAUUGGAUCUAGUGCUGCUGGUUGUGUUUGUGCUUUCCUAUCAAUAUGUGGUAUUGGUGGCCGUUCAUUUGCAGGGCUUUGGCAACUUGGCUUUGUUGCCAGUUUCUGUACUAAGUUGAGUGACACAGUUUCCAGUGAGAUAGGCAAGGCAUAUGGGAAGACUGCGUAUCUUGUCACAACAUUCAAGGUAGUCCCAAGAGGUACAGAAGGAGCUGUAAGUGUGGAGGGGACCAUUGCUGGGUUUUUAGCUUCAAUUCUUCUUGCUAGCAUUGGUUAUUUUCUGAGAGAGAUAGAUGUACCCCAGGCUGCUAUAUGCGUUCUAGCAUCUCAGAUUGCAAAUUUUGGUGAGAGCCUAAUUGGUGCUGCGCUACAAGACAAAGAAGGUUUUCGAUGGUUGAACAACGAUGCUGUCAAUGUAAUCAACAUCUCCAUCGGCAGCAUUUUGGCCGUUCUGAUGCAGCAGUUCAUGCUACAGAGCUAACUUCAGUAAAUAAUAGCCAUAGCAUUGAUCCCUGUUGCAUGUAUAUCACAUGAAACUAACAAAUGAAAUGAUCGAGUUCGUCAACAUAAGAAGGUAGUAAGGCCUGAAAUUUUUCAGAGGAUCAGUUUGUGUUCUUGAAACUGCAUGGAAUGAAAAGUUAAAGAGGCAUUUAAUUAACAAUUCAACCUUCCUUCGCAUGUUUGCCAUUUUCUUUGAACAGAAGAUGAUAGCCUGAUCCAUGUGAUUCCAAAUCAGCCUGACAUAUUGUGUAAAAGUUGGUUAUUACAUCAUGAAAUUUUUGGAAUUGAUCUUAUCAGUUGCUGGUUGCCUUAUAUUAUCAUUUUCAAUGAGUGAUGCAAUUUGUUGUGAAAUAAAUUAUUGGAUGAUCAAAUGUUUGUUGUUGUAAUGAAAAAGAAAUUUAUUUUCCAUUA